AUGCAAGCGAUAGAAGCCAUCUCUCAAAACUACGUGGACAGCGCCAAGCUGAUACGGUUCCAGUUCAUCGCGGACGCUCUUCUGAAACGUUUGGAAAAAGACGACGACCAAGAAGAAGAAGAAGAAUUUAAAGAAGAAGAAGAAGAAAAAAGUCGUUACGAUGUUGAGAUCGCGAGAGAAGCGCUGAGAAGAGCGGGAGAGAUUUGCAAAAGAGGCGGGACGAGGAACGCGGAGAUUUUCAAGUCCAUUCGGGAGAGGAAGAUAAAGUUGAAGGAGUUAAGAGGAGGAGGAGAUGUGAACAUGGACGACAACGGAGGAGGAGGAGAAGAAGAAGAAGAAGAGGGAGAAGAUUUCGUGGAAAAUUGGUCACGUCAGAUGGAUUUGGAAAACCAAAACGAAAGAAAACGAUUGGACGAAGGGUUAACUUCCUCGAAAGCGAGCUCUUUGAAAGAGUCCAUUCGAUUAGCGCACAACGAUUUGGGCGAUUAUUACUACAACAUUGGUGACUUGAAAGAAGCGUUCCAAUGUUACGCGAAAUCCAGAGAGUACGGGACGUCCGUGAAACACACGUUGGCGCUGUGCGUGAAUAGCAUUAGAGUUGCUUUGGAGUUGAACUCUAUGGCGCAGGUUUUGCUGUACGCGAACAAAGGAUUGGCGAUUUUGAAGAACGUGGACCAGCAGUCGGCGGCGGGCGAAACCGAGAAGAAAAUGGCGCAACGACCGUCGAUUAUACAACAAGCGGGAGGCGGCAUCGAAGGGAUAGGCGGCGCGGGAGAAAACAAAGAAGAACAAAAUUUGACGAGAGCAAAGUUUACGUGCGCGGCGGCGUUGGCGCAUUUGCACUUUGGCAAGUACGCGGAAGCCGCGAAGCACUUUACGAGCUUGAAAACGGAGAUUGGAAACUCGUACGCGGAGGUUAUCUCUCAACAAGACGUCGCCGUCUACGGCGGCUUGUGCGCUUUGGCUACGUUUGACCGAGUGCAAUUGAAGAAACGCGUUGUCCACGAAAACUUCACGUUUCGAGACAUGCUGAGUACGGCUCCGGAAAUGCGCGAUAUUGUGGAAGAUUUUUGGAAUUCGCGAUAUCCGCAAUGCUUAUCCAAACUCGACGUGAUUAAAAAAGAGUUACUCUUGGACAUCCACGUCGGGAAACACGUCCACAAACUCUUUUCACUCAUCCGUCAAAAAGCGUUGAUUCAAUACACCAAGCCGUUUUCUGCGUUGAGCUUAACUACCAUGGCGUCUGCGUUCAAUUGUGACUCGGUGGAAAACCUCGAAAAAGAAAUCGCAGACUUGAUCACGGCGGACAAAAUCCGCGCUCGAAUCGACUCUCGAGGCGAGAAAAUUUUACGCGCCAAGGAGUUUGAUAAGAGAAUGGAAACGUUCGAACACGUACAAAGUACCGCGGAGAAGUUCGUCGAGAACGCUGGUGAGGCACUGUUGAGAUCCUCCUUGAAUAGAUUAGACUUAGCUUUAUAA